AUGAUAGAAAGACUCGAAAAUGUAGUCACGUUUUUGGACAAAUACAUCGCAUGGAUGUUCGUUCUAGUAGCUGUUAUAUUAUUUAUAUUAUUAUAUUUAACAUACCAAUGUUGUUUGAAAUAUUGCGCAAGGAAUUUAUCUAAGCGGGACAAACCUCGUCAUUACCGAUCAUCUACACUCCAAUACAUACGCUUUACACAAGUUGUGAAAACCCCUCCUCGAUUAUCUACUGAUUCUCAUUAUCAAACUAUACCACUGCCUAACUAUUAA